AUGAUUGUAUUUUUAUUUCUUUUGGUAUGUUUUUCUUUUGAACAACCGGAAGAACCAAAAGAAAGUAAAAUACCUCCUUCAAAAGGUUUAUCAGAAGAACAAAUACCAACAACAUCAACAGUUACAACUAAAAGAGCGCAAGAUAGUGAAAAGGUAGAUCCUCAAAAAGAAGUUCAAAAAGAAAAACCAGAAUCUUCUCAAGAAGAAGAAAAAGCAACAGGUGCAAUGGCACAAGUUGUACGAAGAAAAACACCACAAUUAAAAGAGCCUACUGAAUUUCCCAAAGAAUUAACGACCAGUGGCAGAACAUUAAAAAUACUGACAAAUUAUAGGAUGUGCAAAUACUAUCAGAAAAAGACGUCAAGAAUGCAAUUUUUGCUUUUUGUGUUAUUUUGGCCUGGGGAAAAGUGUUAUGAUAUAGAAUGUUCUCUUCCUGUAAAAACAACAAAUUUUAGAGAAAAUUUUCUUUUACAUGGACUUUGGCCUCAAAAAAGUGGUGCAAAACAUUUUGAAUGUUGUAGUUCUUUUUAUAAAAUUAAUGAUGUUGAAAAAAGAAUUAUGGAAGACGACAUUUUGGUUCAAAGAAUUGCAGACAAUUGGAUGUCUAUUGACAUGUGUCGAUUUGCUACUUAUCAACUCGACAAACAUGGUAGUUGUGCGAUGAAGACGUACACUGGUAAAAAUGGACCGAUGCAAUAUAUCAAUGUUGCAAUUGAUUUGUAUCAAAAGAUGGAUUUAUGGCAGUUGUUAAAAGAAAGUCGAUUAAAAGUCGAAACAGAUAAAUUGUAUCACAUCGAAGAACUUAGAGAAGUUAUGAGAGAAAUAUUUGGUGUUAAACCAGCAUUUUUAUGUCGACGAAUGAACUCAAUACAUGAAGUAAAAAUAUGUUACGAUAUUCAAAUUAACAAAUUUGAGCCAAACCCAAUAGAAUGCCCAGAUAGAAUAUUCCAAUAUGAGAAAAAGAAGUGCGAAAAAAUGGUCAAAUUUGAAAAGUUUCCAGAGUAUUUAUUGAAUCAUGAAACAGCACCAAGAAACAAUUGUCCUUUUUGA